CCAAAUGAUGACUAAGUGCCAUCUCAUCGGGCUGGCUUCCUGUUCAUCCGCACAAUUAACUCUGGAUCGCCCACCGCCACCGACUUCUCGAUUCCUUCUUCCUCGAUGACGACCAGCGUCCCCUUGGGAACCCAAUCCAACUCCCGGUGAUGGACGGCAGCGGAUCUACCAAAUUCGACGUCGAGAGGCUUGGGUUGAUCGAAUUAUCGUUCUUGUCGGUGGCCGUUGUUUUUGUACCCCGAUCGCCGUCGGCGGAGGCGAGGCGAUGAGGAGGGUGCCGGAGGGCCAAAGGGAGCGGUUUUACUUCACGCCAUAGACGUCGAUCCAUCACCCCAUGCUUUGGACUGGGAGCGAGGUUUGGGUGAGUAUUCCUGGACUUCUCCUUCGAAGCCGCUGUGCGACGCGCGCGCCAUUUAAUCCGCGAAUUGCGCUUUCGCUGUUGAAUUGAAGUUAACUAUUGCAGCUCCAACAGUGAUGCUCAAUUGCCUUGUGGAAUUGAAGUUUCUUCAAAAUACAAGGAAGAACUUCCUAAAUGGUAACCAAUUCUGAUUGAAAUGAUGAGCUUUGAUGAAGGGGAAGAAAUUUUUUUUGAUGCAAACGAUGAGAUCACUAAUUCCAUUCGUUCCUCGACAUCUGAUAACUCUCCUGCUACAAGUCAGCAAUUGUUGCGGAGCCUUAAUUGUGAUCUAUGGACAAGGGAGCCUAUGAGUGUUCAAGAUAGGCGAAGAAGAUUCUUUAGAGGAAUUGGGUUUGAUGAGCUUGUGCCAUCUUCUGUAGGCUGUUCCAUUUCUACUGAAGUACCAACUUUUGUGUCAACAGAAGAGCAACUGUAUUCGGAAAGAAUUACAAAUACAAUGGGCGAAGAUUCAACCCCAUUACCAUCUCCUGAUGUGAGCACAUCUGAGGAUUCUUUCCACUACAUUAGGGAUCUGGACACUGGUAGAAAAUUCAUGGUCCAUGAUUUUGGGAAAGAUGGUGUACCCAAUAUGUUCAAAGAAGUUGGCUCAGACAACCUGAUGACACUGCAUGAUUUUGAAAAUGCUCUCGGUAUGUCAUCCUCUGUUCAGAGAUACUUUCGAAAAGAAUUAGUCCCUUGUGGGGAAGUAACUACUUGCACAAAUGAUGCAAAGAAGAUAAAAUAUUUGAAGUGGUGGAGAAGUCUAACAAAAAGGAAGCAACAAUCUUCAGAAUCAAACAAGUAUUAUUAUGUUUCAGUUAAAAAGCCCAAAAUAUCUAAGUCGGUGAGGACAAAAGUUUAUCAGUACAAGAAAAGUUUUAUGGAAUUCACGGCACUCUACCUGGGUCAAGAAAUUCAGGCACACGAGGGUAUGAUAACAACCAUGAAAUUUUCACCAGAUGGAAGGUAUCUUGCAACCGGCGGUGAAGAUUGUGUUGUACAUAUUUGGCAGAUUGUUCAAGUGGAAAGUUCUUGCAGAUUUAACAGUGCAGAUGAAUCUCUAUUCUCACCGAAAUUAGUGGAUAAAAUUAAAGGCAUUUAUAUGUUUGCAGGAAGAGGCCAUAAUUCGGCUCCUGUUCUCAUUCCAAAGAAAUUCUUUAAAAUUGAGGAAACCCCAUUACAUGAAUUGAAAGGACACACAAGUGAUAUCUUGGAUCUAUCUUGGUCGCAAACUGAUUGCCUACUGACAUCCUCCAAAGAUAAAACUGUUCGUCUGUGGAAAGUAGGCUCCUCUGAAUGCCUUAAAAUUUUCCAACACAAUGAUUAUGUGACAUGCAUUCAGUUCAACCCUAUUCAAGAAAAUAUUUUCAUUAGUGGUUCGAUUGAUGGCAAAGUUCGUAUUUGGGAAAUUCUAGACAACCGUGUGAUUGAUUGGGUGGAUUUAAGGGACAUGGUAACUGCUGUAUGUUACCAGCCAGAUGGAGAGGGUUUUAUAGUUGGUUCAAUCAAAGGGAACUGCCGCCUUUAUGAUUGUUCAGUUAAACCAAGCCAACUUGCAUUGCAAUUGUGCCUUUUUGGUAAAAAGAAAUCUUCUGGCAAGCGGAUCACUGGGUUCCAGUUUGCUCCUGGAGAUUCUAAAAGAAUUAUGAUCACAACAGCAGACUCGUUAAUUCGUAUCUGCGAUGGGACUGAUGUCGUUCAAAAAUUUAAAGGUCCCCGGAAGUCCAAAUGCCACUUAUCUGCAUCAUUCUCUUCCGAUGGAAGGCAUAUUGUAUCGGUUGGUGAGGACUCAAACAUCUACAUCUGGAGUUAUGAGAAAUUGGAGAAACAACUACCCGCAGGUGCCGCCAAGUUAGUCUGUUCGUCAGAGUUCUUCCAUUCCGAAGGAGUAUCCAUUGCAUUGCCAUGGCCUGGCAUGGUCGAUGGAGAAACAAUAGCAAGUAACGGUAUUCAGAUUCCUACCCAGCAGCACCGCAGAGCAACAUCAGAAUCCUUCCCUUGGCCUAAGAAUCCAGACUGCAUCUCUCUGGGUGCCUGGCUGUUUUCUGAUGGUUCAUCAAGAUCGUCUGCCACAUGGCCGGAGGAGAAACUUUCUUGCCAGACCAAGCUACCGUUGCAACAACCCGAAGAUUGCCGUGAACCCCACCCGCCACUCCAUCCAGAUUGUUGGAGCCUCGCACCGACAGAGGAAGCGGGCGCAUGGAGUUCAGUAAUUGUAACAGCAGGAAAUGAUGGGGUAAUCAGGUGCUUCCACAAUUUUGGAUUGCCCGUCAGGCUGUGAAUUGAUCAUUGACAUUGUACGACUGUGAAUAACUCGAAGAGAGACAUUUGAGGCAAGAACAGUCUGAUUGUUAGAGAUCAACAAAGUAUGUUUCUAUCGAGACAUGUAUUUUUGGGUGAUACAAGGCAGAUAAGAGGAUGAUGAGGUUCGCCGUACUGUUUCUUUGAAAGAGUAAAAUGAUCAAAAUAUAACAGUUAUCAUUGUGUUUUUGGUUUUUUGUUUUUAACUCUAGGGAAGAAGAAAGGGGUGUUGAGGGUGCCAAUGUAUA